UUCCUAGUCCUCAAAGAGAGAAGCGGCAGUGCAAUUUGAAAUAGACAUCCGUACCAUAUUACAUCAGUGUGUGUAGCUUAUUUAUGAAAGCGCUAUGGUGGAAGUAAAGGCAGCUGUGGUUCAAUGCUGCCAUCAAAUCUGGUAGCUGGCCCUUUAAGAAUUCAACGGUCGGUUCCUAAACCCCGUUGCAGUCUGUUCCGUUCUUAUGAUCUCGCGAUAGCUUCACCUCAGUGGCGGCUGUGUGGCCCCCCUGUCUCAGUCCGGACGGAGUUGUUUCUGACGUUUGAAUGAAAUACAGUGCAAAUUACCUCCACGUUGGACCCAGGAAAUAAUGGCUUCAGCCUUGGAGCAGUUUGUGAACAAUGUGCGGCAGCUCUCCGCUCAAGGCCAGAUGACUCAGCUGUGUGAGUUGAUCAACAAAAGUGGGGAGCUGCUGGCCAAAAAUCUGUCCCACCUGGACACGGUGCUUGGGGCCCUGGACAUCCAGGAGCACUCCCUAGGUGUGCUGGCUGUGCUAUUUGUGAAGUUCUCCAUGCCAAACAUCCCUGACUUUGAGACGCUCUUCUCCCAAGUCCAGCUCUUCAUCAGCACCUGCAAUGGGGAGCACAUUAGAUAUGCAACAGACACUUUUGCUGGUCUCUGCCACCAGUUGACAAACGCACUUGUAGAGCGGAAACAGCCAUUGAGGGGUGUUGUAGUCCUAAAGCAGGCAAUAGACAAAAUGCAGAUGAACACAAACCAACUUACCUCAGUUCACGCAGACCUGUGUCAGCUGUGCUUGUUAGCAAAGUGCUUCAAGCCUGCCCUGCCCUUCUUGGAGGUGGACAUGAUGGACAUCUGUAAGGAGAACGGAGCCUACGACGCAAAGCACUUUUUAUGUUACUACUACUAUGGUGGCAUGAUCUACACGGGCCUCAAAAAUUUUGAAAGAGCACUGUAUUUUUAUGAACAGGCAAUAACCACUCCAGCCAUGGCAGUGAGCCACAUCAUGUUGGAAGCCUAUAAAAAAUACAUUCUGGUGUCACUCAUUCUCCACGGCAAAGUGCAGCAGCUGCCCAAAUACACCUCACAAAUAGUAGGGAGGUUCAUCAAGCCCCUGAGCAACGCAUACCACGAGUUAGCUCAGGUUUAUACCACCAACAACCCGGCCGAGCUGCGCAGCCUGGUCAACAAACACAGCGAGACCUUCACACGAGACAACAACACAGGCCUGGUCAAACAGUGCCUUUCCUCUCUCUACAAGAAAAAUAUCCAGAGGCUAACAAAGACCUUCCUGACGCUGUCUUUGCAAGACAUGGCGAGUCGAGUGCAGCUUUCAGGCCCCCAGGAAGCAGAGAAAUACGUCUUACACAUGAUUGAAGAUGGUGAGAUCUAUGCUAGCAUUAACCAAAAAGAUGGUAUGGUCUGCUUCCAUGAUAACCCCGAAAAAUACAACAACCCAGCAAUGCUCCACAAAAUUGACCAAGAGAUGUUGAAAUGUAUACAGCUGGAUGAGAAACUAAAGUCUAUGGAUCAGGAAAUCACAGUAAACCCACAAUUUGUGCAGAAGAGUAUGGGAUCGCAGGAGGAUGAUGUCGGUAGCAAAACGUCUAGUUAUUCCUGAGGGGCCUUGGAUGGGGAGAGAACGCUGCAGCCACCCAACACGUUCUUCCCAGGAUGAGUUGGAUUUUUUUAAGAGGAAAAUAAACAUUCUAUCUCGCAUAAGGACAUUGGUCAAGGAAAAUCUAAUUGUGUGGAAUGAUGAUAAAUUUGGUUAUUCUUACUUCACAGUGUCUUAAGGAUAACAAAGAUCCUUAGAGAAAAAGGAAAAAAAAAAAAGAUUACAAUUUUGUCAGUGUUUUAUUUAUCAAUGUUCAGGUUGAAGCGCCACUGCUACAUUAACAGAAAUCACAUUAAUAAAAACUGGACUUAUUUGUUCCAAACGUA